CAGUCAGAGCCUUAUUCCUAGUUCACUCAGUGAGAUCAGUGUAGAGCCAAUAUAAAGUCAAACAAAAAGCUACAGAAAUAAAAGCAAAAACCAAAUCUAGAAAAGAAAACCCGUAAAAGAUGAAUCCAUUACCCAUGUUUGGCAGCGUCGACGACGAGAGCCAAUACUGGAAGCUGCGCUCCGAUAAGCAUCUCCAAGAGCUGAUGGAACUCAAAACGGAGUACAAUGAGUUCCUGGAGCAGUCCCGCGACAUGGAAAUCGAAAUGGACGCCACCCUAGCACAGAAUCAAAAGCGUCUCGAUGAGCUGGCGAUCAAAGCUACCAAUUAUGAGCGGGAGAACGAGAUGCUUCUGGCCAGACUAAACUCGCAAAGCUUGGAAAUUUCCAAACUUGAAAAUGAGCUGGCCGAGGUGACCAAGAAAUUCGAGACCUUGAAGAUAGACUUUCGUGCUCUGGAGCAAACCAACGAUGACCUUGAGCAGGCUCAGCGCGUGGCCAAGGAAAGCAAGGCGAUCGCCGAUGAUUUACUGUUCGAGCAAUACGAAAAGUAUGCCUUGCUGGAGCUGGAAGUAGAGGAGAAGCAGGAGCUGGAGGAGGAGCUGCAGCGUGUGAAGGAUGAGGCCAGGGAUCUCAAGGAUGAGCUAAAGACAAGCCAGCUCAAGAAGGCGUCUAAUAGUGUGACGGUCGGUAGCCAGACUGGUGGUCUUGGUGAUGGUUCAAAUUUUCCAUUUAUGAUUCACAAAACGGUUUCCGAUAUGGUGAACAAGCUGGAUAAUUUGCAGACAAAACUGAGGAACCACCGGGAGGAGAGACCAUUGCCAAUGCCGGAUUUUUAAAUAUUUAUUGCUAGUUUUAAUAUUUAUAUAUUUUAUAUAUAUUUUGCACACAAGACAUCAUGUUGAAUUUAAGGAUCAUCUUGAAUCAACCUCAAACUCCCCUCAACUUUACCCAAAAUCCGGAAAUUUAACUUCAGCUUCAGAUGUGGUGCCAAGUUUGUAGCUGGAAAACUUGUUUUUCGGGCACGUUUAUUGCUUUUCCGUUAUUGGAAAAUGAAAGGACACACCAAACAAUACAGAACCCACACAUGCACACACAUAGGCGAAAUAAUCUGCAUAUGCUUAUAUGUGUGGACCAGAAGAUACAAUUUAUAAAACUCUCCCCUGCUAAAAAUGGGAAAAGCAAACAAACAAAAGUUCUCUCACUCAGAUUCCCUACCGACGAAGGGUCCUUUUGGAACAAUGGAAUCAUGGAAUCAAUGAAACCGGAUAACGGAAAUGCAGGAAAAGCGGAAAAAGAAUGCAACGGGAAUGAAGAAAUGGAUUGGACUUGCAAGAAACAAAGGAAAAAUCGUUUGGAAAAGGAAGAAAAUCGUUUAAGGAAUGGGCCAGAUACUCAAGCAGUACCUAAUUAGCGAAAAGGAAAUGCAAACUGAUUGAAUACCUAAAAUUUUAAUCAACUAAAAUAAAAACAAAGGUGAACGAGUGGAGGGAAAAUGAA